AUGGCCCGCUCUUCUCGCCCUCUUGCGGAGGACGAGGACGAGCAACACUCAUCGUCGGAAAACGCCUUGCAAUUUCACGAACCGCUCUCAUGGAAAGCUGGCAAGCCUAUUCCUACCGGUACUCUCAUAACCCGUCUCAAGGCACUUUCUAAGGAACUUGUCGCGCUUGAGCAGGAGGCUGUGGAUCGCGAUAGUUUGGCGACUCCGGCCAAAGAACUGGUGUCAGUUGGCUUGCUACAACACAAAGAUAAUGGUGUCAAGGCCUACACAGCUUGCUGUUUGGCAGAUAUGCUAAGACUUCAUGCGCCGGAUGCACCUUACACUGCCGUUCAACUCAGGGAUAUCUUCGAGCUCUUCGUACGACAGUUAAAAGGGCUUGCGGAUGCCGAAAAUCCAUACUACCAACAAUAUCUCUACCUCCUCGAAUCAUUAGCUUCUGUAAAGUCCGUCGUUUUGAUAUCCGAUAUUCCCAAUGGUGAGGCCAUCACUCUAAAGAUUUUCACCACCUUUUUCGACCUAGCCAAACCAGGCGGACCCAAAAAUGUAGAGUACCAAAUGACCGACAUUCUCAUCCAGCUCAUAGAGGAGUGCAAUUCUCUCCCGACGGAAGUGGUGGAUAUAAUUGUUGCACAGUUCUUCCGAGUCAAUCAAACGGCCCUGCAGAACUUGGCUGGCAGAAAAGCGAAGCCGGGUGUGCCGGAUGCGAAGGACAAAGGUGCGGGGAUAGCUUUGAAGGGAAAAGAUGAAGACAAACAAAUGAAACUUGUCAGUGCUUUACCGCCGCCCGCAUACAAUAUGGCCAAGUCUAUCUGUAAUGCAUCUAUCGACAAAAUGGCACGCCACAUCUGCCAGUAUUUCUCGGAAGUUAUUCUUGAUGCCUCGCCUUCUUCAAGAGCACGCAAGGCUGCUGGACGACACACAUCAAUGUCUCCGGACUCUGACCUGGACGAUCCGGACGCCGAGACCGCAAAUCACGAGCCUUCGGCGGAAGAUCUACAUGAGCUACACAAAGCCCAUCUUCUCGUGAAAGAACUCUGGAAAGCUUGCCCUGCGGUGUUGCAGAAUGUGAUACCGCAACUGGAACAAGAGCUUUUGGCGGAGAAUGCGGAGCUGCGAAUACUGGCGACCGAGACAAUUGGCGAUAUGGCACUGACGGGAAAUUUCGGCAGCUCGGCGCCUGUCACAUGGAAGGCGUGGAUUGGUCGUUCCAACGAUAGAUCAAACAUUGUCAGAUCUAAAUGGGCAGAAGCGGCAAUCAAAAUCAUCAAGGAACGCUCUGAUCUUAUGGCUGUGCAGCUUGUCGAGCCUGUGGCGGGGAAGCUUAAUGAUCUUGAUGAUCGAGUGAGAUUAACUUCAUGCAUUUCGUUGGGCGAGCUCGAUUAUACAACCAUCACAACUAAGCUAGGCGCAAAUCUUUCCGCGUUCAAUACGUACGAUUCGGCAGCCGCUACUGGGACUUCCACUGGAAAAGCCAAGGGGAAAUCCAAAGUUACUGAGGAAGAAACGUCGGGCUGGGGAAAGAAAAUCCUGCAUAAUCUGGGCGAAAGGGUUAGGGAUAAAAAGUUUUCAGUCAGAUGGGAGGGAAUGUUUUGCCUUGCCCGGAUGUGGAAUAUGGCAUAUCCCGAUAUCCUCUCGGGUAACGAGGCUAUUAUGAAUCAGCUUGGCUGGAUUCCUAGUAAGAUUCUGGAUACAUUCUACAUUAAUGACGCUGAGGUCAACGUCCUCUUGGAUCAUGUCCUCUUUGGCGUCCUGAUUCCCGUCAACUAUCCACCAAUUGAAAAAUCGGAGAGUAGGAUUGCUGCUGAUAAACAGACCAACGGAAAGAGCAAUGGAAAGGGGAAAGAGAGAGAUGCCGCUGAGGUGGAGAAGGCAAAGGAGAAGGAGAUACAAGAAGGUGAUAAAAUCCGCGUCCAGAGGUUACUAGUCUUGGUGAGAGGCCUUGACCCAAAGGCAAAGAAGGCUUUGUUUGCGGUUCCAUUGAGACAAAUCUCGUAUGCUAAAGUCAUGGAUGUGUUUUUGAAAUCCUGUGAGGAUUAUAAUGGAGGCAUAAUUGACGAUGGUAUUGAAGAAGAUCUUGUCAAGAAGGCGCUCCAUAAGUUUAUCGAAUGGCUAUCCCAAAAGCUCCCCGACACCCCCAAGGCUAAGGAGAAUUUGAUGAAGUUCGCAAAGCUUCAUGACCGCCGAUGUUACCAACUAAUCAGAUUUUGUUUUAGCCCUGACAGCGACUACAGAACGGUAGUCAAAGCGCUCAAAGAGACCAAGAAGAGGAUUACAGAAGGACCUGGAUCCACAAUGACCAUUAUGGAGACCUUGACCCCUUUAUUAUAUAGAGUCAGUCAACUGAUUUACAACAAGAGCCACGUGCCGCACAUUGUGGAGUUUUCCAGGACGGAUGAGUACUCGCUUGGAGCUGUAGCACAUGAGGUUCUGAAGGAAAUGUCGUCUUCAAAUCCCGCUGUAUUCAAAGCAAAUGUUAAAGCACUCUCCGAUCUCCUCCAAGAACAAUCCUUGUCCAAGAACCGUGGUGCAGCAGAUUCCGGCGCAGUGGAUACGCUAAAAGCCUGUGCGGGCUUCGCUAAAUCUUAUCCCAAGGACAUGCCCCAGGAGCGCAAGCUCUUGGAUGCACUUGUCAAUUUCUCGUUGACCGGAAAGCCACCUGCGGCAGCUAAGCAUGCAGUAUCCAUUUUGAUGUAUUCCGCGAAUCGAAAGGUUAUGUAUGCUUCGGAUUUACUUAGGGCGUGCAUUAAGAACCCCAAGCUUGGAGAAGAGCACUUCUUGGCAAAACUAGCCUGCCUUUCGCAGUUGGUACUUUUAGCGCCUGAGCAAUGUGAAGACGAAUCCAAGGCGAUCAUUGCUAUUGCCAAAGAUGUGUUAUUCAAGGUGAGAAAUCCGGCGACAGAAGAGGAUCAGGCGAAUCCAAAGGAGUGGGUCGACGACGAGCUUCUUGAUGAUGAGUGCAAAGCAAAAUUGCUUGCCCUCAGGAUUUUGAGUGUCAUGACAUUGCUCAUCAAACUGGUGAACAAUGAGGGAGAGUUAUUUUCCGAGAAGAACACACCACGAUCGCAUCAAUCCCGCCUCCGAUUACUUGCAGCUCAGUCAUUAUUGAAGUUGUCCAACAACAAAACUUACGAGGAGCUCAUCACCCCACUUGACUUUAACAGACUAGCUUGCGUUGCCCAGGACAACUGCUUCGAAGUUCGCAAUGGCUUCGUUAGCAAGGUUAAGAAAUAUCUCGGCACAAACAGACUCACGCCCAGGUACUAUACAAUCUUAUUUCUCAUGGCAUACGAACCCGUUACAGAGGCCAAAAACGAGACAAUCACCUGGAUAAAAGCUCGCAUGGCGCAUAUGAGAUCGACAAACAACACGAUGGAAAUUGUGUUUGCCAGACUUCUAAGUUUACUCGCCCACCACCCGGACUUUGGCACAAUGAUAGACGACCUCGCAGAUUUUGCGAAAUUCAUCCUCUUCUACCUAAAAUCCGUAGCGACCGAAGAAAACCUUGGUCUAAUAUAUCACAUCGCCCAACGUGUCAAGCAAUUCCGCGAUGGGCUAAGCAGUGACAACAGUGAGAACCUCUACUACAUCUCCGAACUAGCUCAAGCAGUCGUACGCCGAUAUGCCGACUUCCACCACUGGAACAUCCAGACAUGGCCGGGCAAAAUCCGCCUCCCAAUAAAACUCUUCGCACCGAUGGUCAGCGAAGAAAUGAGCCGCGACAUUGCGGUGAAAACUUUCCUCCCUGCGGGAAUAGAUAUCAAGUUGGACAGCCUAAUUAAACCCAGAUCUACUGGUCGACAGGGGAAGAAGCGCAAGGCUGAUCUCGCAGCCCCCUCAACCCGCACUCCCUCCUCCGCCGCUCCCGCGAGAAAGCGCUCCAAACCCUCACCACCGGCGGUAGCCACCCCAGCAACCACCUCUAAAGAAGGAGCAGCAGCCGGGGGGACGACAGAGAAACGCAAGCCCGGCCGCCCGCCAAAAACUCCAAAGCAGAAGAAGCGCCCCUCGGCGGAGAUCUCCGCAUCGGAGCGUAGACGCAGCGGUAGAGCUACUAAGAACGUCAAGUAUGCAGAGGACGACGGGACGAGUGAUAGCGAGGAGGAAGUCUCUCUCAACGACGACUCCGAAAGUGACGUUGAGAUGGAGGACGGCGACGAGGUUUCCGAGAAGGAUACUUCACCCCAAGCGCCAGAUGUCGGAGAUGAUGAGGCGGCGCCGGAGGAGGGGAUGGAAGCACAGGAGGAAGUAGGAAAGCCAAAGAGAACGGCGCGUGCCAUCGGGCGACCGAAGAAGGAUACCGUUGUGGCCGUUUCCUCCGGAAGACCGAAGCGAAAGGGCACAACCACUGCUACCGCCACCACCGCUAGCGCGAACGGCGGAAGGAAGAAGGCUACCUUACCAGCCAAGAAUAAAAAAGUAGAGGUGAAGAAACGUGUUGAAGAGGAGGACGAUGAUAGUUCAGAGCUAUCAGAUCCACCGUCGGAGUUGAAUUAG